CACUAAAGCGAAAGCCGGCCCGCGGCGCCAUGGCCGUGCGUAGCCUGGCCCGGGACCUGCAGGACGAGGCCACCUGCCCCAUCUGCCUCGACCUCUUCUCUGAGCCCGUGUCCCUCGGCUGCGGCCACAACUUCUGCCGCGCCUGCGUCGACCGCAGCCGGGGCGUCGGGGACGCGCCCUUCCUCUGCCCCGAAUGUCGCAAGCCCUGCGCUACCCGCAGCCUGCGGCCCAACCGGCCGCUGGGGAGGGUGGCCACCGCGCUCCGGCGCCUCGGGCCGGCGCAGGGUCGCGGGGGGUCGUGCGACCUGUGUGCCGAGCACCUGGAGCCGCUGAAGCUCUUCUGCAAGAACGACCAGAGCCCGGUCUGCGUGGUGUGCGACCGGGCCCGGGAGCACAGAACUCACCACGUGGUGCCCGCGGAGGAGGCGGCGCAGACCUACCGGGGCACGUUUCCAAAGAUCCUGGAAGACUUGAGGGAAAAGAUGAAAAAGGCUCAGAAGCUGCAAGCUGAAAAAGUGAAAACGUCAGAAGCCUGGCAGGUGAAGGUGCAGGAGAGGAAGCAGAGGACAGUGGCCGAGUUCGAGAAGUUCCGGCAGCUGCUGGCUGAGGAGGAGCUGCGGGUCCUGCGGGAGCUGGAGGAGGAGGAGGCCGCCGUGGUGGAGGUGCUGAGGCAGGAGGAGAGCACUCUGGCUGCGCAGGGCCGCUCUGUGGAGGAACUCAUCUCCGAGCUGGAGGGGCGCACUGAGCGCCCUGCCCUGGGGCUGCUCCAGGGUAUAGGAGAGAUUCUGAGCAGGAUUAAACGUCUGGAGCUUCAGACCCCAAAGGCCAUUUCCAUGGAGCUAAAGACUGUGUGCAAAGUUCCAGGGCUGGUGGAGACCCUGCGGAGAUUCCAGGUGGUGGUGACCCUGGACCCCAAGAGCGCACACCCCUGCCUCACCCUGUCUGAGGACCAGAGGUCCGUGUUGCAGACCCGGCCCUGGAAUGGCCAGCCUGGUGCAGAGGGGCUGUUCGGGGUCUUCCCGAGCGUGCUGGGCUCCGAGCAGCUGUCUGCUGGGAGGCACUACUGGGAAGUGGAGAAAUUCCUGCCAGAUACUGUUAUGUCUUUGGAUGAUGACGGGUGUGAGCCUGCAUGUCAACACUCAGAAGGCCGAAGGACCUGUCAUGAGCCCGUUUUGAUGACAAGAGGCAACAUUCCUCCAACAUCAGGGUUGGACUAUUGGGGCCAAAAGGUCUGCAUCAAGCAACAGGAGAAAUGCCCCCCGCAGAAGUUGUUGCCUCAGGACUUGGACAGGCAGGCUGGGUAGCUAUACCAGGCUACCUCACAGUGAUGGAUAAGGCCCUCACCCAUGGGCCCCCGUGAUAAAGGUUUUUGCUAGAUCUACUUACCAACUAGACCUACUGCUGGCUGGGUCUGUCAGCGUUUGAAAUGAGAUGACAAGUCAUCUCUCCACAUCAUACCAGCUGAUCUGAAGAGUUUUUCCUCUUGGUGAGGUCCCCUGUGGCUGUUUGCCAGGGAGGUGGAUCUUCCCAGCGUCUGUGCCACUGUAUCAGUAAGAGUUCCAUUCAAGAAACAGCCAGUAGGAGAUAUAUAUUCAGAGAUUUGUUGUGGGAGAUUGACUCUCAUGCAAUUGUGGGGACUGGCUAGCCAAGUCCAAAAUCUGUAGGGCAGGUGACAGGCUAGAAACUGAGGUAGGAGCUGAAGCUGUAGUCCAUGGGUGGAAUUUUUUCUUCCCAGAGAAACCUCAGUUCUGUUCUUAAAGCUGUUCAGCUGAUUGGAUCAGGCACACCAGGUUAUUGAGGUUAAUCUCCCUUACUUAAUUAAGUCAACUGAUUAUGGGCUUUCAUUACAUCUACAGAAUACCUUCACAGCAACACAGAGACGAGUGACUGAUCAAAUACUUGGGGAUUGAAUGUUAGCUAAGAUGACACAUCAAACUGACCAUCAGUCACCGUGGAGGCCACCCCUGGUCCUGAUGACCCAGGCCUUUGGCUUCCCCAUUGUGCCUGCUCUGGUCAUGGUGAGCUCAGCCCUAGCAACAGGGUGUCGAAACUUCUGCUGCUCAGGGCCUGUGCCCUGAACAUAAUGAACCUGCUGGUCCUGGACUGGUCCAGCCCCACUGUUAGGGAUUGGAUUGUGUCCCCCAAAAAUGUGUGUCAACUUGGUUAGGCCAUGAUUUCUUGUAUUGUGUGACUGUCUACCAGUUUGUCAUCUGAUGUGAUUUUCCUCUGUGCUGUAAAUCCUACCUCUCUGAUGUUAAUGAGGCAGGAUUAGAGGAAGUUAUGUUAAUGAGGCAGGACUCAAUCUACAGGAUUAGGUUGUAUCUUGAGUAAAUCCCUUUUGAGACAUAAAAGAGAAGUGAGCAGAGAGACAGAGGCAUCUCCUACCUCCAAGAAUAAAGAACCGGGGGGAAGCGUGUCUUUUGGACCCGGGGUCCCGGUGCUGAGAAAACCCUAGACCCGCUCAAGGGAAGAUUGAUGACAAAGGCCUUCCCCCAGAGCCGACAGACAGAAAAAGCCUUACCCUGGAGCUGGUGCCCUGAAUUUGGACUUCUAGCUUCCUAAUCUGUGAGAGAAUACAUUUCUCUUUGUUUAAGCCAUCCAUUUCUGGUAUUUCUGUUAUAGCGGCACUAGAUAGCUAAGACACCCACUAACAGCGCACUGGGUACUUCCCUCACCUCAGAAAUGGUCUGCCCUGGACUUCCCUCUUUAUCUUCCCUUGAGCUCUAAACCUGGAAGAAGGCAGAAUAUGCACGCGUGGUUCCCUCUGCACUGGAAGGAUGAGGAGGAGGGAGAGAGGACCUUAGAAACAGGGCCGAGGAAGAGGUACAGGGACUUCUCUAUUCUCAACCUCUGUGGGGAUGGACUGCUUCUCAGAUGACUUGCUUAUGAUAUGUGUUGUCGUUAGAUGCUGUUGAGUCGGUUCCGACUCAUAGUGACCCUGUGAACCACAGAACAAAACGCUGCCCGAUCCUGUGCCAUGCUCACCAUCGUUGUUAUGCUUGAGCCCAUUGUUGCAGCCACUGUGUCUUAUGAUAUAAAAAAUUUUUUGAUAUAGAGACUUUAAAACUGUAUAAGGCAUUGACCAGAGUAAAAGAAGCUGGGAUGGGGUCCAGGCCUAGAAAUCCAUUUUGUAUAGAAAACCUGUAGAACCUGAAAACGGAACUGGUUAGGGCAGUUCUGCCUGUGAAGAACAAUGUUGUUAGUUUGUUUCCAAGGAGCCUUUAUGUAACCUUUACAUUUCCAGAAAUGAAUGUCUGGUAAAUAUCCUGUGAUCUCUGUGAACCCCCUGUGGUCAAUUAACUGGUAACUAAUCAACAAGACACACAUAUUAUUAGGCAGUAACUCGUCAACAAAAACUCUGUAAACCUAUGACCCCAUGGUAACUAAGUCAACAAAAACUCUUAACCUACCAGCGUAAGGUCCCUGCUUCCGUUAUCCCAUCUUUGAUAAUGAUGUAUUAAUGAAUAACCAAUUAGAGUUUUUCCUAAAUUUACUUCUUUCUGUAGUAGUAGAGACUCCCUGACUGUAAUUCAGUAUAUUCUGCUGGGUUUUGUGCCUGGUGCACACUGGCAGAUCCCUCAUUCAAAUUAUUAUCUUUGUCUUGGCUCAAUAAAAAUCUCUUUUAAUUCAGUUUGAGUCUGGGCUCUUUUCUGCCUACCACACCAUCAAAACACAGUUGCUGUGGGGUCAACUCAUGGCGACCCCGUGUGUGUCAGAGCAGAACUGUGCUCCACAGGGCUUUCAGUGGCUGAUUUUUCGGAAGUAGACCAUUAGGCCUUUCUUCUGAGGUGCCUCGCGGUGGACUCGAAACCUCCAGCCUUUUGGUGAGCACCCGACCGUGUUAACUGUUUGCAUCACCCAGGGACUCCAUUUACAAGUAUAGGGGUUAGAAUUUUAACACAUAUUUUUUGGGGACGCAAUUCAAUCCACACUGUUUCUCCUUUCUGUGACAAGAGGCGAUGGAGCUGAGACUGUUCAUUAACAACUGUCGUCUUCAGUUGCCUCUGAGUCGAGUCUGACUCAGCGAUCCCGUGAGUGUGGAGCGGAACUGCUCCGUAGGGUUUCAAGACUGUGACUUUUUGGAAGUAGACAACUAGGCAUUUCUCCUGAGGUGCUUCUGGGUGCGUUUUGAGCUGCCAGCCUUUCAGCUAGUAGUCAAAGCGCUUAACCAUUUACGCCACCCAGGGACUCCUCAUUAACAAUUAGCAUCUUUAAAUUUAGUAAACAUAGUUAUGUAAAAAGGCCUUCAUAAAAUGCUUAUGCACUGAUACAGUUACUGUAGUUAUUCCCUUCACGCCUAUAAACCAAAAAACCAAACCCGUUGCGGUGGAGUCAAUUCCAACUCACAGUGACCCGACAGCACAGAGUAGAAACGACCCAUAGGGUUUCCGAGGAGCGGCUGGUAGAUUCCAACUGCCGACCUUUUGGUUAACAGCCGAGCUAUUAACCACUGCGCCACCAGGGCUCCAUACCUAUAAACCAGGUUAAUUGAAUUUAAACAUUAAACGUAUUAAACCGGUAGGUGAGCAGUUUUUUGUCCCUCCCUGUCCCUCUUGUGAAGGCCCUCUAGUAUUUUUCUUCCCUCAUGCUGAAGUCUCACCUAUUGGCAGGUGGACAGUGAGCACAGAUCCUGGUGGGUGAAGCCUGAUUUCAGCCCCUUCCUGUCAAGUUACCUGCUGUGAUAGACACCACUAGCUGCCCCCCAACAGCCAUUCUUGCUUUCUUCCUUGAGAAUCAGACCCCAAUUUUUGGCUCAGGAUAUGGCCACCCAGCUAGAGGACUAUCUUCUCCAAUCACCCUACUAAGUGUGAUCAGCUUCUGUGUGAGACCUAAGUGGACGAAACAUAUUUUAAAACAAGAUGGUGGACAUUGAGUGUGCAUUCCUGCCCCCUGGCAUGCUGACCCCAUGGUUCUACUUCUUUGCUCAUGACUGCCCCACACAAGGGAGCCUUCUCCAUCCAACUCUUACCCUUUAGCAUAAUACUGUACCUUCAUCAAUACUGAGUUGCACAUCUUUUCACAAUUUAACGUGUCUAAAACAGGGUGCAUCUUACAAAUGAUGACGUCUUGGCACAGAACCAUGUUAGAGUUGACGGCAUCUUAGAUUGUUGUCCUCCAAUCACAGAGCAUGUAAUUCUGAGAAACUGGAUCACUUACGUCUUUGUCCUUGGGGUUACCCACAAGUUCCUAAGGGCAGGGGCGUGUCACCGUUUUGUCUGCACAAGGCCGUGCGUGCAAGGCCAUGGGUGACUGGUUGGCAGUUAAGGGACUUGGGAAAUGGGAAGACUCAGGCUCAAGGAAGCUUAGAAACAAGAAGUAACAAACAGUUCUCAGACAUAGGAAGUUCCUCAAGCCAUGAUGCACUGCAGGUCAACGUGGGUUAUAAUAAUUUCCCAUUAGAGGCAGGGCUUUCAAUGUUACAUAUUGAGGAGGGAAAAGUGAUGAGAUUUUCUUGCCCCCAGUCUCAACAAUCAAAUAUAUGGCUGUUUCACAAAACCUUCCCUAAAUGUGAUACCCUGAGAUUAUUUUUUUCAAUCUAUGAACUCUAGUUUCAGGUAUUGGUCUCAUCAGCCAUUAGUUACAUAUUGCCCUAUAGAGAUCUCAGGGCCCUUUGUGGUAUCAAUAUAUAUAAAUAUGAUAUAUCUGUGUGUGUGUUUGUGUGUAAUUACAUCUAUACACCCAAGAACUGGGAAUUUUAUUUCUUUGAGAGACCCUACUUUGAUAUGUACACAUUACUAGCUCAAUACAUAUUAUCUCUGUCUUCUGUUAUCACACCAUCACGUGGCAUUUCAGACGAGAGCUUGACUUAAAACAGUCAAUGGCCCUAGGUCUGCUGAAUGGACUUCCUGUAGAGUUUCUGCUGGAUGGAGCUCAACUGUCCUCCCAGAUUCUGCAAUGCCUGGAGCUGCAAGAAUUUGGCCUAUAAAGUAAUAAAAAGCGCAGGUGGCUUUGAGGGCAUCCCUACCACUGCCUACCUUUCAGCAAGUUUUCUGAAAAACUAGACAAUAUUAUUUACUUCUAUUUUCUCAAGACUCACUUCCUUAUUUUGUAAACCAUGACAAUCAGGUUUCAACUCACAUUACUUUUAUGUAACUACUGAAAACUCUCCACUGACCCCCUCAUGAUGGAUUCUAAGCUCCUGUGGGGCAUCUCUGCAUAACUCUGAUGAAUUCGCCUCUUCUGUCUCUGCUUCUCUCCCGCUUCCUCUUCAUCUAAUGCCCAUCACUGCUUGCCCCAGAGUUCCUUUUUGCCAUCUCUACCUACCCGUCCAUCUGGUAAGUUGAUCGGCUCCCAUGGGUUCAGUCUCUGGGGUUCAGUCUCAUCAAGACCUGUCAUCUGUGGUUAGGUGUGUUCCUUAUGCGUAUAGGUAUUAUUUAAAAUUUUUUUUCCAAGAAAAUUAAUUUGGGGAAAUAUUGAGACAGAUUUCUUUACUGAUAGCCUUCUUCAAGCUAUUAAUAUUCUGACCUCUUAGAGGAGAUAGGAAUUUAUACCAGAUCCCUAGAAUGCAUGGGCUGUGGGGGCAGGAAUUUGUCUAUCUUGUAGAACACAGUUCUUGCAGAACACAGUUCCUUGCAGAUGGGGUGCUCCGUAAGUGUGUGGAAGGACAGAAGAGAGGAGAGGUUGGACAAACCAGCACCUUUGAAAAUCACAGCCCCAGCAUCAGCAUUUCCUCUCUUAGGUCAUAUCUCUAGCAGCUUCUUGAAUUCUAUAAGUUCCACAAAUUCAGCAUGCCCUACAGUUAACCUCUCCAUAGACUCAGAUUCCUUACUUCGCAAGGAAUCACCCACCCCCAAACUUAACUGUAAGAUCCUUUUAUCUGUACACAGCUCGCACAGCAUGUAUCUAGUCAUUAAACCUCCACAGUGUCUCCAGAAAACACCUACUAGGUGCGAGGUCUUCUUCUAGGCACUUGGGAUAUAGGGAACAAAAGAGACAAAAACCUUGCUCUGUGGAGAGAGACAGACCAUUAACAAAUAAAUAAAUUAUAUAGUGUGUCAGAGGGUGGUAAGUGUUACAGCAAGAACAGAGCACAAAGUCAGAUGAGGAGUGCUAGGGCAGAUAGUCUGCCGGUUCCCAUGCAGGGGCAGGGGAGGCCCCAGGGGGAGGUGGUACUGGAGAGGGCAGGGGAGGCCCCAGGGACAGGUGGUACUGGAGGGGAUCACGGACGGCAUCAGAAGAAGGUAGUAUUCGAGGAGGUCAGGGUUCCCCUGUGGGAAACUGGUGUUGGUGUACCUUCUUUGCAACCCUAUUGCCAUCAUCCUCAAAGCCUUUGCCACUUCAAACCAAGCACUACUUGGAGCACAUAUCCUUUCUUUCUCCAUUCCACCCACCCAUAUAUUUUCAUGAACCAGGUUCCUCCCAGUGGAAUAUUCCUUGUCCUUGUUUUGUCUUCUGGCAUGACAGUGGGAACAGCAGUGGAGAAACUGCAUUGCAACAUCCCGCUUUGGGGUGAAAGUGGCAAAGUGGUAUCAGCCAUUUCUACCAACAAAGGCCCUGAAGGAUGGAAACCCAGCAACAGGAAACCUUGCCUGAAGGGUCAGAAGGAGGCGGGAGUGUGUCCAAUCCUCAAAGCUAUGUAGUUAUGGUUGCUGAAAUGGGAUAGAUAAGACAGAAGUUGAUGGGAUACAUACAAAAGACCUCCACAAGGACAAAGAGGAUGAUCCUCCUCACAUGUACCCCAACUUGGUUGUUGGCUGCCCUCAAUUCUGCCCCUGACUCAUGGUAACCCCAUUUACAAUGGAACAAAACACUGCUCUGGACCGUGCCAUCCCCAUGAUUGGUUACAGUUUGUAGCAUUGUGAUCCACAGGGUAUUCAUUAGCUGACUUUUGCAAGUAGAGUGCUAGGCUUUUUUCCCUAGUCCGUCCUGGUGUGGAAGCUCUACUGAAACAUAUUCAGCAUCAUAGCGACAUGCAAGUCUCAUGGUUGCGCUGAGGUGCAUUGGCCAGGAAUCAAACCCUGGUCUCCUGCAUGGAAGGCAAGGGUUCUACCACUGAACAACCACUGUCUCCACUCUGACCUUACUCCCUUUAAAAAGAAUGAUUAGGGAUGGGGCCAAGGUUUUCAUGUUCCCUCUGAGGACCAGCAGCCCUAUGCCCCUGUAAGCUAGAGAGAGAACCAUGAGAAUUUAGACAUUUAUGGGACUAGAUGUUGGGGCCCAAGUGACCAUCAUCCCAGGCUCUUCUAGAGGCAAGAGGAAGCUGAUGGCAUUGUUAGAUUUGGGAGUAGACAUGGUGACCCAUGGCAAGGAGGUGUGCAUGUGCUUAUGGGUGGGGCCUGUUGGGCCAUUUCAGGUGCAGACCCCAGGGGUAUUUUGUGGCUUAGGCUACAGUGGCACCACCAACAGGGUCUCCUGAUUCAAACCUGGAGGCAAUGCUACCCUCAUGUGCCCCUUUCCUGUGGGACCCCAGAGGGAUGGGGAAGAGAGCGACAGAAUGCCAAGGCAUUGGGCUUCCUCUGGUCAUGACCAGGAUCUCCAACCACUCAGUACAGGUAGGUGACAUCACAGGCUAUGUCAAAUUUGUUUAGGACGUGACUUCUUUCCCCAGGUUGAACGAUCGGGGCCAAAAGGUCUGAAUCAAGCAACAGGAGCAAUGCCCCCUGCAGAAGUUGUUGCCUCAGAACUUGGACAGGCAGGCUGGGUAGCUAUACUAG